CAGGGUCGUUAGCCAGCAGCUGUAGCUUGCAGCCCCCCCGUGGGGCAUUGUGUGUGUUUGUGUGCCUGCGUGGGCAGGGGGCGGAAAGGGCAGUGAGCCGGGGGCCAGCCUCGGAAGUUUGUAACCUUGCUCAGAGCAGCCUCGCUCCUCCCGAGGCUGUUGCAGUCAGCGGGAGUUAGGAGGCUUUGGGGAGUAUUGUGUAUGCGUGUGGGGCGUCAGGGAGACUGAGAGGGAGGCUACAAUGGGCACCACCAGGCACAGCUGGCACUUGUAGAGCCGGGCCGCAUCCUGAGCCAGGCAGGCUCGCUUAUUUGGCUGCAGCUCCGUUUACACCCCUCAAAGCCAUCACCCAGGAGAGAAGCGUAGUAUGCUGGACCUAGGGGUCCCAGAGCCUUAAGGUGCAUUCAGACAGAGUGCUGAAUCCCAUUUCCUUUGUGACUUAAGUGUCUGAGGAGACUUGGUUGGCAUAUUUUUGGUGAGAGGCUUAGGGGCUUUCCCACCAUUUCAAUGGCCAACACACGGAGUAUUGAGCUGGAACAUUUUGAGGAGAGGGACAAAAGGCAGCGGCCAGGUUCCAAGAGAGGGGGGCCCAGCUCCUCAGGGGGCAGCAGCAGCUCAGGCCCCAAGGGGAAUGGGCUCAUCCCGAGCCCUGCACACAGUGCCCACUGCAGUUUCUACCGCACCCGGACCCUGCAGGCCCUCAGCUCCGAAAAGAAAGCCAAGAAGGCCCGAUUCUACCGGAAUGGGGACAGGUACUUCAAGGGCUUGGUAUAUGCCAUCUCCAGUGAUCGCUUUAGGUCCUUCGAUGCCCUCCUCAUGGAGCUCACCCGCUCCCUAUCAGACAAUGUGAACCUGCCUCAGGGAGUCCGAACCAUUUACACCAUUGAUGGCAGCCGGAAACUCACCAGCCUGGAGGAGCUGGUUGAAGGUGAAAGUUAUGUAUGUGCAUCUAAUGAACCAUUUCGCAAAGUUGAUUACACCAAGAAUGUUAAUCCAAACUGGUCAGUGAACAUCAAGGCUGGGUCAGCUCGGCCAGUGACGCCCUUAGCUUCUACAAAGAGUGAAGUGAAGGAAAGCAAAGAUUUCAUCAAGCCCAAACUAGUGACUGUGAUUCGGAGUGGAGUGAAGCCCCGAAAAGCUGUGAGGAUCCUGCUGAAUAAAAAGACAGCCCAUUCAUUUGAGCAAGUCUUAACAGAUAUCACAGAAGCAAUUAAACUAGAUUCGGGUGUUGUCAAGAGGCUCUGUACCCUUGAUGGGAAGCAGGUUACUUGCCUACAAGACUUUUUUGGUGAUGAUGAUGUUUUUAUUGCCUGUGGACCUGAAAAAUUCCGUUAUGCCCAAGAUGACUUUGUCCUGGAUCACAGUGAGUGCCGUGUCUUGAAGUCAUCAUAUUCUCGUUCCCAUGGUACAACUAAGCAAUCUGGAUCCAAAAGUCCUGGGCCUUCACGUCGCAGCAAAUCACCUGCCUCAGUUAAUGGAACUCCCAGCAGUCAGCUUUCCACUCCCAAAUCAACAAAAUCCUCCAGUUCUUCUCCAACAAGUCCGGGAAGCUUCAGAGGACUCAAGAUUCCACCACCCUGUGGGUCUUCUUCCAAUGUGAACGGUGGACCUGAACUGUACCGAUGCCUGAGCCCUGAAGGUGUGAAUGGAAACAGGUGCUUUGAGUCAUCAACUCUUCUUGACAAAUACAGAAUUGGGAAGGUCAUUGGUGAUGGCAAUUUUGCUGUGGUGAAGGAAUGCACAGAGAGGUCUACUGGAAAGGAGUUUGCCCUAAAAAUAAUAGAUAAAACCAAGUGCUGUGGAAAGGAACACCUGAUUGAGAAUGAAGUGUCAAUACUGCGCAGAGUUAAACAUCCAAAUAUAAUCAUGCUGAUUGAGGAAAUGGAUACUGCUACUGAGCUUUUUCUGGUGAUGGAAUUAGUUAAGGGUGGCGAUCUCUUUGAUGCGAUUACUUCCUCAACCAAGUACACAGAGCGAGAUGGGAGUGCAAUGGUGUACAACCUAGCAAGUGCCCUGAAGUAUCUUCAUGGUCUCAACAUCGUGCAUAGAGACAUCAAGCCUGAGAACCUGUUGGUGUGUGAAUAUCCAGAUGGAACCAAAUCUUUGAAACUGGGAGAUUUUGGACUGGCCACUGUGGUUGAAGGACCUUUAUAUACUGUCUGUGGCACACCCACUUAUGUGGCUCCAGAAAUAAUUGCUGAGACUGGCUAUGGCCUGAAGGUGGACAUCUGGGCAGCAGGUGUGAUCACAUACAUCCUCCUCUGUGGAUUCCCACCAUUCCGCAGUGAGAAUAACCUUCAGGAAGACCUCUUUGAUCAGAUCCUUGCUGGAAAGUUGGAGUUUCCUGCCCCCUACUGGGAUAACAUUACUGACUCAGCAAAGGAAUUAAUCAGCCAAAUGCUGCAAGUCAAUGUGGAAGCUCGAUGUACAGCAGGACAGAUCCUAAGUCAUCCCUGGGUGUCAGAUGAUGCUUCCCAGGAGAAUAACAUGCAAGCUGAGGUCACAGGUAAACUGAAACAGCAUUUUAACAAUGCCCUACCCAAACAGAACAGCACGAACACCGGAGUCUCCGUCAUCAUGAACACAGCUCUAGAUAAAGAGGGUCAGAUUUUCAGCAGCAAGCACUGUCAAGAUGCCAGCAGAGCUGGGAUGGAACAAACCUCUCCCAUUCCUUCUCCUGCCAAGGAGUGUCCCAUGCCCGAGUCUGCAGACCUCCAUCCCUUUGCUUCUCUGGAGACACCUACUUCCCCGAGCCCUCCUGCUGCAGCCAGCUGUGAACGUGCUGGGUCCUGGCGGCGCCUUCGUGACUGACACUCGGCCAGACCAGCUGCAGCACACAGGGAUGUCAGGAAGCCCAAUCUCACCCCUACAGCUUCCCUCUCCCUGUUGUGGCCUGUUUUUAAGUUUGUCACCCUGGGGAAUCAGGGGCCUGUUAUUGGGGAGUGCUAUGGCUUGUGAGAAACUUUGGCGCUCUGGCAUCUGCUUUGAGCAUGCUGUGGGAUGGACUUUGGACAAACGCAUUUAGGGCUCUUUUUUUCAACAUCAAAUUUUCUGUUGAAUGGGCACUUCAAUCCUCUCCCUUUAUCCCUUACCAUCAGCAGAACUUGGAACUUUUUCAAGCACUAACUAACUGCAUUUUUAAAAUAGAAACCCUUUGGAUGGACUAGGAUACCUUCCUUUCUUUGAACAUAGAGAACUCUGCCAGGCAGAAGAAUUUUUCUCUCAGAGAGGCAAAAUCUUUUCAUUUGCCCCUUAGUUCAUUGGCAUAGGCCAGUGUCCUGUGUAGAGAGACUCAUUGUACAGGGCAGAAAAGGUAAGCACCCAAGAGAAGGAGGAGAAAUUCGGUCUUUGGACCCAGCCCUCCAAAAACUGGACUUGCAGAAGAGGUGGCAAUGACAAAGAACACCGAUUCAUUUCAUUGCUCAUGGAAACACUGGGUAUUUAUUUGUUCAAAGAUUGGGGGAAAUGGUGUUUCUUUCCUGUAUGUUCUAAGCUUUCCUUUUGUUGUCUUCAAAAGUCCUAUCUCCCAGGCACUAUUAGGAAAUGACAAUUUAAUAUUACUUUGGUCUUCUGAAUGGUAGGCAUGCCUGCCUCAUGCCAGAUGAGCUGGAUUUUGGGUUGUUUGCCCUUCUACAAGAGAAGAUGGAGUUCAGUUGCUUGAAGUGGUGACAGAUGUUUUCUUCCAUCAUCCUGCUUAUUGCACCCAGCAGGUGCUGGCGAAAGGACCACUGAGAUGAGGAGCCUUGAACAUCCCAUGGAGGAAGGUGUUCUGAAGGCUUCACACCCUGGGUAGUGUGGAUGAGGAGGCGUUUCCUUCCUUUCUCCUAUUUUGCUCAUCUCAGUAAUGUAGCUCAUCCACUGAUUGGUCUACAUGCUCAUCUUUUUACAAGCGAGGCCUGUCUGAUUCAUUCUGGCGUGAUGUUGAGAGUUUGCAGUGUUAACAGGCCUACAAUAAACUUUUUCUUGAUGAUAAAACAAUCAUUGGUUGGAGGGAGGGGAAGAGCCAAAGUAACUUCAUUAUUCUGAGGACUCUUGGACCCAUUACUUUGUUUCUAUCAAGGUCUGCUUUGAGCCAGUUUUAGCAGAAGCCAGCAUCCUUUUGGGCUAGGUCAGGGUUUGCAGCUUGAGAAGUCAUGUGGGGAUGUCUCCACGUCUUAGGGACAGCUAAUGAAAAGAAAGGAGAAGGCAUUUGUCGAACUUUAUCCAUGGGCCUUUCAAAGAAAUCACAGACAGAAAAAAAGUAGAACAUAAAUAGUAACGGAGUAAGGACCACUCAUCAAAGCCUAUGACCCAGAUAGAUUUAGAGGAGAUGGUAUGUGUGGUUGAAAGAUUACAAAGUUUCAUUUAGAAGUGACUGAGUUUAGAGAGGGAUGUGCUAUAUAUAUUGAAAACCCAAAUAUGAGCCUAACAUGUUAUGUUAUCCACACUGUUCUUGGCUGGAUGCAAACAAAGAUAGGUUGUCUUACCUAGUAACAGGUAGCCUCAGCUAAUCUGGUACCUUGGGGCACAAGUUCUGAUACUGAUUUUCUUUAGGUCAUUUGCACCAUUCCUUUUUUUCCAUUUCUCUAAAAGGAAGAUAAAACGUAUUUGCUUUGUGCUAAAGGCUAGUUAGUGAUCCAGAUAGAAAGAGAGGUGCUUUGUAGGGAAAGGUGAGAAACAAUGACCCAAAACAAGCUUCAGGUUUGACAUGUUUGCAAAACUGACCUUUCUUCUUGGAAAUGGAAUGGGGGAUGCCAUAGGCAUUCUGAUUUGCGCAUGGCAUUUGACCAAAUUUUUCAUGACAGCCUUUUGAUUGUUGGGACAAAGUAUGGCUUGGAUCAUAGCACUGAUAAGCAGAUCCCCAUGAAUGAUUUGGUGCCACCCUGCCAAAGCCCAUGGGACUCUGUCCUUGUAUCUGACGUCCUUGUUCCCAGUGAUUUAUAUGAAGAUAUGCAAAGCCUGAUGAUUACAUCUGUGGGUAAUAGGAAGCUGGGUUGGAUAGCAAAUGAGUGGUUUAUGUAGACAGCUGGAAGGGACUUCACAGGCCUUCUAGUUCAGCCCCUUCAUUUUACAGAUGAGGAAACCAAGGCCCAUGGAAAUUAAGUGAUUUAUGAAAGGUCACAUGGAUAGGAAGUAUCAGAGACUGGAUUUUGAAGAUGACAAUCAAGCUCCAAAAUAAUCUUGAUAGACUGGAAUGAUGGGCCAGAUGAACAAGGUAAAAUAUAAUGGGGGUGGGAGGUUAGUAUAUCUUACACUUAGUUUUUUGAAAAUCAAAUGUACAAAUACAGAAUGAGAAGGAUCUAGAUUGGGUAAUGGUUUGUGUCAAAAAAUCAAGCAGUUGUAACAUGUAAUUUAAAAAAAUCCAGCAGUUUAAUCUUUGGUUCUAUUAACAGGAGUAUAGUCGUAUACCAUUCUAUUGUCCUCCAUGCCUGGAGUGCCUGGGCUUUGUUCUGGGCACCACAUUUUAAUAGGGAAUGUGUAUGAGCCCUAGGAGGACAACUAGGGUGGUUGGCUCUUUUAAAGCAAGCCACUCAAACACUAGUUGGGGGACCUGGGGAUCAAAGACAAUCAAAGAGAAGUGAUGUUAAGGGGACGAUGUGGUAUAUUCAGCUUUUUGAAGUAAUGUCAUAUUGAAAAAUAUUGAAAAAAUUGAAUUGAAAAAUUGAAAAAAAAUAUUGAAAAAUAUUAACUUGUUGGAUGUGGUUCCAGAGGGUAGAGGCAGAUAAGCACAUAGUGUCAAGGGGGCAGAUCUUGGUCCAGUACAAGGAAGAACUCUUACCCCUGCUCAUUAGAAUUGUACAGAAAUAGAACAGUCCUUGGGAUGUAGUGAGCUUCCUACCAGUGGAGGUCCUAAAGAAGAGGCUGGUUGGUUGACCAUUUGUCAGAGCUGUUCCAGAGGGAUUAUUGGAAGGGUGAGAGGUUGGACUAAAUGACCUUUCAAGUCCCUUCCAGCUCUUGAGAUUCCAGCACAUUCAGAUCAUUGAACAAGCAUCUAUUAAACACCCUCCGGUUUGUAAUCUUGCAGGUGCCAAAGACGUGGCCUUUUUAUUCUGUGCUUAUUCUAACACAUCCUGGUAUGAUUCACAUGAGUUACUGUUUCAUUAGUGAGUUAGAAGGGUCUGCCAUGGCAAAAAGCUCUUUGGUGAGUAAGCCUUCAUGGCUCAUACCCUUGUGGUAUCUUGUGGCUAAAAGGAAAGGAAAACUUAAGGGUGCUAACUGGCUAAUGAAGGGCUUUAAUUGCUGGUGAAUUUCCCCUUGGACGAAAAGCGAACUUAGGAUAAACAGUAGGGCCAAAGUAGUUUUCCCAUAAUGGGUCUGGUUUGUCUGUUUUAAGUUUAAGGACUGAACAGCUGUUAAUGGAGAAGGAAAUGAAACGGAAUCAGAAGCCACAAGGCAGCCAUUUUUUCCUGAUCUGCAUCUGAGGGAUGACUGACUAUUAUGACAAUUUGUUUUCUUUAAAGGAAUAAAUACGCCAUUGCAAAUCUGA